UGCGGCAGCAGGGAAAUCGAGGAGAGAGCAGUGACAAACGUCGCCAACGGUCACGUUAUCUCCUCAGAAUCGCUCGGAUUUCUUACAAUAUUCGGCUCGCUGGUUCAGAUAUUGGUUGUGUAAUUAUUCGCUUUGUGGAUGAGAUUGUGUUGGACGUUUCCAAAGCGCGUCUCUCCACUUUAAUGCGGUGGGAUGGCCACAGUGCCGCCUGGGCCUAGUAACGCACUGCCUACAUCCCCGGUUGAAGUUGCUCCUUUCUCCGGGGCAGGGAGAGCGGAGCCGGCGGUGGAAGCCGGAGAGGCGACCUACCGCGUGGAGGUCAGCGUGUCCGCCGGCACGGGCAAGAAGUCGCAGCCGGCGAACGAGGUCAAAGGGUCGGCCAAGAAGAAGCAUAAAAACAUGCUAGCCCGGGCUAGCCCGGCGGCGCUCCACUUGAAAAUGCAAGCCGGAGAGCAGCAGCAGCUAAACGGCUUGGUCAGCCCCUCGGAGGACCCUGACGAGCACCAGCACGCGGGGGGGCGAGCCGACAAUCUCAAACCGUCCGAGGACAACUGUGACAGCGAGGCUGCGGCCGCCAUGAACAGUACGGAGCACUGUCAGCACGAAGGCCACAACCCCUUCUCCAAAAACGGCAACCACUCUCCUGUGACUAACAGUAGCGUGAACGGGAUGCCGGCUUUCACGAGGACCGAGGCGGUCUACGACGGCGAGGACCGGCGUGACCACGCGCAGCCCACAAGAGAAGCGGGCGUCAGCGACGGGCCCGGUGGGGAGGAGAGUCCGGUCGAGCCGCCGGCCGAGGAGCUGGCCCGGCUGGACCUGAGCGGCUCUCCCGGCAGGGCGGAGGGAGACAGCCACAGUAUCCGCUAUGUUCGCUACGAGUCCGAGCUCCAGAUGCCGUGGAUCAUGAGACUAAUCACCAAGGACUUGUCUGAGCCUUAUUCGAUUUACACCUACAGGUACUUCAUCCAUAACUGGCCGCAGCUCUGCUUCCUGGCCAUGGUGGAGCAGGAGUGCGUCGGGGCCAUCGUUUGUAAGCUGGACAUGCAUAAGAAGAUGUUCCGUCGCGGCUACAUCGCCAUGCUGGCCGUGGACUCAAAACACAGAAGGAAAAGUAUUGGUACUAAUUUGGUGAAAAAGGCCAUCUAUGCCAUGGUGGAGGGGGACUGUGACGAGGUCGUCCUGGAGACGGAGAUCACCAAUAAGUCGGCCCUGAAGCUGUAUGAGAACUUGGGUUUUGUCAGAGACAAGCGGCUGUUCAGAUAUUACCUGAACGGGGUGGACGCGCUGCGGCUCAAACUGUGGCUCCGCUAGAGGGGGUGUGGGGCGGCAGCUCACCUCUAACACUAGGAGCUCAACCAUCUGAGCUCUGCCCUUGGUCAUUACACACACACACACACACAAACAACCCCCGUGUUGAAAUGCGAGGAGUCGGCAUCGACAUAGACACACCUUCCUUUCCUCCUCGACGUCCGAACAACUAUCGCUUAGGCGGAGAGAGACUGAAACGCCAACAGACGUGUUUUAUUUUUUACAAAGAGGGGCGGCCUCUUCUCCUCCUUUGCCCCCGACCCCCCACUGCUCCCCUGCACUGUGACAUGACAGGAUCCACGAGGACAAGCGGCACCACACCAAAUCAUCCUGCAGAACACUGGACCAAACAGACCUGCAGGAAAUGACACGCAGGAAAGCAGGAAGCGGCAACUGGGAGGAAAAUAUUUGUGAAGUUUUUUUUGUUUGUUUCGCUUUUUUUUUUGUUUGUUUGUUUUAAGCUUUUGUUUGGUUGGGAGGGUUAAAGAUCUAGUCUGACUCAUGUGUUUGUACUGCCACAUGAUCUUCUUUUUUGGGUGUGUGUGUGUAAUUUUUGGUUGUAUGUGCUGCUGUUGGUUUCACUGAGAUUUAAGCGAACGUUUUCUGGGUGACUGCUUGGAUGCGUAGCGUAUGGUUCAGUUUGUUUCUGGUUCUGUCCACUGGGUGCGGCGUCCUCACCCCCCCCCCCCCCUUCUGCUGUCUCUCCCAUCACCUUGACCAGAGCCUGUAAACACAUGCUUGUUUUAACGUGAGAGAAAAAAACAGAGCUCCUUUUUAUUUUAUUUUAUUUCAUUUGUUUGGUCCGGAGCAGUUGUUCAAUCCAAAUCAAUCCACAAUCACCUCAAACUUUUUGCCCAACUGCUUGUUUUUUUGUUUUGUUUUUUUCACUUUAAUGUCUUUCAUGAUAUCCAACCCUUUCAGGGUUAUCUUAGGGAGUAUUAAUUUCUGGGUUUUUUUUUUUCUCUCUCUCUCUCUUCAGUACACUGCCAGCCUCUGCAAAACGCCCCCAAAAGAGACUUAUUGCCAAGGAUGGUGUGGUCAUACAUGUCCAAGCUGUCUCUGUUUACUAAUUGACAUGAGCAGUCCCAUUCUCAAGUGCCACUCUAUCCAUUAGGACCGACUGGAGUUGUUCCCUAUGCUGGAUUCCUGUUUGAGUAUGCUGUGUGUAUUUAAACUGUUGAUAAAAAGAAGAAAAAUAGACAAGUAUUCUUAGCAGGCAACAUUUUUAUUCCUUUUGUUUAAGCUCAGUUUGUUCAGGAUUUGUCCACAGUACGCGUCAAAAAGCAGCGGGGUCCACAAUACUCAACCAACAGAGAGCUCACACUGACUGGCAAAGGAAUACCGCUCCGGCUGCUUUGGGGUCAAACACAAAAAGUCAAACGAACAAGGUCAGAUGCACUUCUUUUAAAAUUGCCACAGCGUGGACGACUAAAGGAGAGCGCGUGUUCUGCGGCUUUAACAGCAGCGUGGGUCGGUUCUGUUCAGAUUUUCUGCGCGGCCAAGUCGUCUUGCGGCGCGCGCUUCGCCUCGACUUCCGUGGUUUAGUCGACAGUAUUCAAAGCGCCGCGGGAUGCUGGCGUGCGGCACCAGUGGAAAUGUUUUACCCGUCAUCAACUAGUAGGCAUGGGCUGGUUUCACGUUUUUCAAGCGACACGGCGCCGAAUUAAACCACCUAAAUGUUUCUAAAUGUUCCCAAUUUAGACGCAACGCCAAGAGUCCGUCGGCGCUGUCGCCUCUCCUGCUCUUUCUGCUGUUGAAAGCCGACAACAUUUUACAAGAAAGACAUUUGUCUCCUUGGAAAUAUUUCUUACCACAAAGAAAGUAUUGGUUGGGAAGGUAGAAAUGCACCACCCGUAUCUAGUUAAGUUCCUGGUGUUUGCUAGCUCCUAGCUAUCCAGUAUGUCAUAUAAAACCUAGCAGAAUUGGCCGUUUAUCAGCUCUGUCUGGCAGUUUUUAUUGCAUUAAAUUAACGAUAGAGUUGUACAACAGUUUUCUUUUUUCAGAAGCAACGAACUCAGCUCGGAAUCUUCCAACUUCCCACGGUAUUUGAAGGCACCACCUAAUGGCGCCUUGUUGCACUUGUGUUGCAGAACAGCCAAAUAUACCCAGUGCAGCAGGAGCACCUGGAAACUACUACUAAAUUUAGUAGAUGUUUAUUUUAAAAUGCCCGGCUAAUUCUACUUAUUCAAUUGGCCCUAAUUUCUGUAAAAUGAUACAAACGUCAUUACGAGUAAUAACUUUUCAACUUUUAGCAGGUGUGGGGUCAAAGGUAAUCAGAACAUGUACGUUUUUGUUUUUAAUUGGCUCAUUAAUACAGAGAAGUGUUUAUUAAACGUUCGGUGGGACUCGGCCCGGCCCAUGCCUACUAGCAGAACACGUAUGUGAUCACUUGAAGCCGUCAUGGCUGAAAGCCUCUUUCAGAUUUACACUACAUGCAUUUGUUGGCGUUUCAGGUUUGUUGUAGAUGAGCCUAAGAACAGAGCUGCCACCCUGUCUGAGUUUGUGUCUGUGUAUUUGAAGCCACUGAUCGAAUUACCUAUUUUUCUUUAUUCAGAUUUGUAUAACGGUGUUUUUUUGUUUGUUUGGGGGUUUUUUUAUCAUGUGUGAGGUUGGGGCUGAGUUAUUUGACAAGAUUUUUUUUUUUUUUUUUUAAUUUCUGUGCUACUUAACCCAUUCAGAGGUGCAGUGAGAAUGAUGAGCAAACAAAAAAAAAUAACCUCGACCCCCAGAAGCAAAGUGGUCCUGCCUGUCUGACAUCCCUCUCUAGAGCUCCAAGUUUAUUCUGAAGGUUGACCUUUCCUCAGCCUUUCCCACCGGUUGGUGUUUUGUGGCGAGUAUCGGUCACUUCCUGGAAUUUCAAGGGCAUUACAGCCUCCAUUCAGGCCAUAAUCACAGACUGAAGGGCUUUGUCAUCAUCAGUUCAUAGCCACUGACUGGCGUUGCAUUCGUUUCAUAAAGCGUCAGCCGGACAAAGUUAGGCGUCCGGCUGACGCCCAAAGGUUCCGACUAUAAAUUCCCAGCUAAAAGAGGAAAAAAAAAAAAAAAACACACCUCUCAGAUUAUUGUUGGCACAGAGACAGAGGUUCCUGCAAGUCUUUCAGAGCUGGACACACCACCUCCAACGAGAGACCCACACGGCAGGAAGAAAGGGGGAGAGGAAGUCGUUUAUUUUUGCAUGUCUGUUCCCCUUCCCCACACACACACACACACACACACACACGCUGCUCCUCUCCCCCUCAUCUCCCCUCUCUCCUUCAUUUUCAAUCUGGAAAUGUCCAAUAGCUUUUAUUUAAUGUGGAAAAAGAACACAGAAAUAAAUUAUUUGAUUUCUUUUUUUAA